CACGCUUGUGAGUGCGCCUCCUCUAACGCGGGUAGUUAGAGAUGAAACGCACGCCGUCGGGUUUCAAGCUUCAGGACCAUAAGUACGCAAACACGCUCCUGUUUAAUCGCGUUUUCCCACGAAACCGUUUUUGACUCGCAGACUCAUCUUAAUGAAUUCCCGUCGAAACGCACUUGAAGUAGAAGUUCGGCAAGCGGAAGUUCGUGCGGUUGGAAAUCUGAAAAAAAGAGUCGAAAUAACACAUUUAUUGUUGGUCUCGUUCUGGAGCGGUGCAGCGUUUUAAAAAAUGGACACGCAUGUUAAGGACGGACAACUGUACGUCCAGCACCAGAAGUUUGGAAAGAAAUGGAAGAAGAACUGGUUUGUGUUGUACCCAGCAAGUCAAAACGGCAUCGCACGGCUUGAGUUUUAUGAUUGUUCGGGUAGUGCAAGCGAUAAACCUAGCACUAAGAAACUGGACAAGAAGAUAAUUCGUCUCUCAGAAUGCAUCAGCAUUCUCCCUGCUGUCACCGAAACCUGCCCUAAAGAAAACAUGUCCGCUUUCUGUGUUGAGACCAAUGACAAGAUGUAUGUCUUCGCAGCAGACAAAUACGUUACCAAUGAGUGGGUGGAGAAGAUGUGUGAGAUUGCUUUUCAGGGAGGGAGUUUUUCUCUUGGUAGUUCUGACUCAAAUGGACAGAAAGAGCUUCAGAUGGCAGAGAAUCUCAUCUAUUACUCCAGAGAAGAAGUUAAUGAAUUUUGGGUUAGCGUCCAGAGGACAGAAGCAUCAGAACGCUGUGGUCUCUCUGGUAACUACUGGCUUAAAGCGAAUCUAGACAGUCUUAUCCUGAAAGAGCCCAAGACUAAAAAGGAUCUACUGGUAUGGCCCUACAAGCUUCUCCGUCGCUAUGGAAGAGAUCGGGUUAUGUUCUCUUUUGAAGCCGGACGACGCUGUGAAUCUGGCCCAGGAAACUUUACUUUUGAGACAAAGCAGGGGAAUGAGCUAUUCCACAUCAUUGAGAAAGCCAUUCGGGAGCAGAAAGCCCAAGCUGAAGAAAGACACCAAAGCUGUCCAUCAUUAGACUCUGACUGCCCAACUCUCCAGCAGAUUCGUGCUGCUAUCGCAGAUGCUACCAGUCGCGAACCAGACGGAGAUUCAGGCGGUAGCAAGCCUGGAUCGGCGGACGGCAUCUUCAGUCGAAGGGAUAAUGAUGGGAAAAAUUUAAAGGGACGGAGUCUUCCAGAGCCACCGCCUCCAGUUGAGCCACCGCCGAGAUCUGCCAUGCCUCGUGGGAACAAAAGUGGACCGCUGUUAGGGGACCAGGGGAGCCUAUACUCCGAGCCUGCUGACUCCGUUCGUGCGCCACCCAUUUUAGGAGAUUCUCUGUAUUCUGACCCAGUGGAUAGCAUCAAAACUGCCAUGCCCACUCCCAACCCACGCCUCAGGCCACCUGGGGAUGACGGGGUAGGCCGCCACCUAGACCCGUUCUACUCGGACAUCUACGAUCAGAUCAGUCUGGAUUUGGUGCAGAGAACCGCAGCGUUGGGAAUUGACAGCAGAAGCAGGCAUCCUGCAGAUGGAGGCCCUAAAGAUCACAUCUACGAUGAACCAGAGGGACGGGCAGGACUUGGACAGCUUAGUUCCACAAUUUACGAUGACGCACGCUUGGAAACAUACCCUUGGAGAACUAGAGGAGUGGUGGAGGCUCAAGGCCACGAGGUACCUUACAUUCCCAAUAUGGAUGAUACCAUCCCUCCAUUUGGAAAGUCUCACCAACCCUUGCCUGUGCCCAGACCAAAAGGCCCCAAACCUGUAACGGCACCCAAGCCGGGCAAAGCAGCACUGACUAAAAAAGACACUCCUUUAGUGCCUCAAAAUAAGAGCAAUGCAAACCUGAAUAACAAUAAUAGCAGCAACAGCCACAACGGCAGGGAAGAAGGAGCAGGUAGACGAAGUGGUGGUGCGGAAAGGGCAGGUCACAAAGGGGAGCUGUACAGUAAAGUAUCUAGACACAAGCCUCCAGCGAAUGCUUGGCAUCCAGCGAUGCAAACUCCAGACAUUAUCUACGACAACUUAGGUGACAUUUGACCGCGGCUUCAUUUUUGUUUUUUUAUGUCCACGUAUUUUUUAAGGGAACACUCAAUGACAGCUCAGAUUGGAAAACGUGAGUGACAACGGUGUACCUGAACAUUACAUGAGUCAUUCAGUCAUUGAAUGUAGCUAAUACCACUAUGAGAAACAACUACGAACUGUAGAAACUGUCUUUGCCAUAAUGGUAGGCUGUGGAACUACAGACAUUGUCUUCUGAAAUGGCUUGAACUGGAAUAUGCCACAAUUUUGCACUUCUCGCACAAAUUUUGUAUAUCUGAGUCUGUGACUUGCGUAAGAAACUGUAAAGGACUAAGAAGCACUUUUCAUAAAUCAUAAUCCCAACAUGCAAGGAAGUUUAUUGUUAAAGUGUAAAUGUAUUCUGACUGAUCUGAUUUGGCUGACAUGCAAAGACAAAAAUGGUGAAUUGUUUUGCAUUGAGAUUGAAGCAAAAGUUGUACAUGUGUUUGUUUGUGUGUGUGUGUGUGUGUGUGUGUUUGUGUGUGUGUGUUUGUGUGUGUGUUGGUGAGAGAGAGUCAGCAGCUGUGCUGUUGUUCAACAAAACGAUAAUAAAAUAUUAUAGUAAAGA